AUGGCGAUCGAAUGCUUAUGUGACUUUGGUGCAGCGAGAGAGUUCUGUGAAUGCCAGUCUGCUGAAUUCGGAAGGUCCGCUUAUCUGAGAAAAAACAGGGGGAAUGGUGGACAUGAAUCUGUCAUCUCCAUGCUGGAAAAAUGGGACUCUCAAAUGGAGGAAGCAAGAGGAGUUGCUUCAGAUUUGCUAAGCAAGCAGCAAGCUAUUGUUGGUCUUCCGGCGGUAAGGCACAUUCCUACGAAGAUCACUUGUGACAUUUGGAGGAUAGGAAAAGAAGUCGACCGAUCUAUUCUCAAGCUGAUGGACGAUGAUUGCAAUGCCAAGGGGCAGAGCUUCUCACAGGACUUAGUCAACAAUUUCGACCGUGGAUCGAGCGUCAUCGUAGAUAAUUGCAAGGCUAUGUUUAUGGCAGGACGCGAAACUACUGCCACUGCCCCUACCUUCGCUUUAGUUCUUUUAUCACACCAUCUUGAGUGGCGGGAGCACGUGCAUGCCCAGUUAAAUAUGGUGAUUUACGAAACAUUGCACCUGUAUUCUCCUGGACCAUUUGUGACAAGAAAGACGUCCGAGGAAAUGAAGUUUGGGGACUUUGUGAUUCCGAGAGGUGUCAAUCUCUGGCUCUCCUCCUCGCUGUUGCAUCAGGAUCCAGCCAACCAGGGCAACAAUGCCCACGAGUUCCAUCCAGAAGGGUUUGCGAAUGGCAUUUCUUCAGCAUGCAAGAAUCCGAAUCUGUUCAUGCCUUUCGGGAUGGGGAUGCGGACUUGCAUUGGCCAGAACUUUGUGAUGACAGAAUUAAAGAUGGCAUCCUAUUACCUUCAAUUCUGCAUGUCUUGCUGCUUGCUGUUCAUUAUGAAUGUAAUGGACAAAGCCAUGUACAAAAUCCAGCAGAGAUCGCCUAAUAGUGUUGCCUUUUUGGGGAAGAAAGAUAAUGAAACUGAUGGACAUAUUCAUUCAAUCAAGAAUAAGUACACUAAUGCAGAUAUGCAUAACAGGCUGGUUGAUGCCCUUGAAAGAUGUAUCGUCAUGGAAAAAUUACUGAGUGUUUUUCGAAGUUACCAAUGA